GGCAGCGAGCAAGUCCUUCUCCCCCGCCUCUAGCCCCGUCGUCGCCAUGGCCGUCGCCAACCACACGCCCAAGAAGUCCGAGCUGGUGCUGGACGGCGAGUCGCUCUGCGCCGAAGACCUGGUCGCGCUGUCCAAGGGCUACACCAAGAUCUCGCUGAGCGAGGAGGCCUGGAAGCGCGUGGCUUGCGGCCGUGAGGUCGUGGACAACAUCCUCAAGGACAAGACGCGCGUGGCCUACGGUAUCAACACGGGCUUCGGACUCUUCUCCAACGUCAUCAUCGGCCCCGAGAAGCUCACGGAGCUGCAGGAGAACCUCAUCCGAUCGCACUCGUCGGGCACGGGCGAACCGCUGUCGCCGCAGCAGACCCGCAUGCUGCUCGCACUGCGCAUCAACGUGCUGGCCAAGGGCCACUCAGGCAUCCGUGUGCAUACGCUGGAGCAGCUCGUGGACGCCUUCAACGCCGACUGCCUGUCGGUGGUGCCCAGCAAGGGCACGGUCGGCGCCUCGGGAGAUCUGGCCCCGCUCGCUCACCUCGCGCUUGGGAUGAUGGGCGAAGGCCCCAUGUGGGACAAGGUUGGCGAGGAGUUCGUCAUCAGCGAGGCGUCCAAGGUGCUGGCCAAGAACAGCCUCAAGCCCGUGCAGCUCGGUGCCAAGGAAGGUCUGGCCAUGAUCAACGGCACGCAGCUCAUCACGUCUGUCGGUGCUGAGGCGGUCGUCCGCGCUGAGAACGUCGCGAACUGCGCCGACAUUGCGGUGGCGCUCACGCUGGAGGUUCUCUGCGGCACGGUGAACGCCUUCCACCCGCGCAUCCACGCCGUUCGCCCGCACACCGGCCAGAUGCUCGUGGCAUCUCGCAUCCGCACGCUGCUGCGUGCCGACAACCCGUCCGAGCUGUUCCGUAGCCACAACUACGAGGGCAAGGUGCAGGAUGCCUACACCCUGCGCUGCGCCCCGCAGGUGCACGGAAUCGUGCACGACACGAUCAACUUCGUGCGCGGUGUCCUGGACGUCGAGAUGAACAGCGCCACGGACAACCCGAUGGUGUUCACGGGAAGCGCUGAGGUGACCACGGACUUGACGCCUACCAUGCAGUCCAACCAGGUGGAGGUUGAGAGUGAGCAGCCCAAGGAGGAGGCGGAGAUCACCGACCUGGACGACGCUAAGCAGGAGAUCAAGCGCCUCAAGGCCCUGGUCGAGCAGAAGCAGAAGCCUGUGGAGCACCCGGCAGCUGGUAUGAAGCGCACGUCGGACACCUUCUACCGCGGUGGCGGCGGCUUCGUCAUUUCCGGCGGCAACUUCCACGGCGAGUACCCGGCCAAGGUGCUGGACUACCUGGCCAUCGGCAUCCACGAGAUCGCCAGCGUCAGCGAGCGCCGCAUUGAGCGCCUCGUGAACCCGACGCUCAGCAACCUGCCGGCGUUCCUGGUGCCCGAGGGCGGUCUCAACUCGGGCUUCAUGAUCGCCCACUGCACGGCGGCAGCUCUGGUGUCAGAGAACAAGGUGCUCACCCACCCGUCGUCGGUGGACUCGAUCUCCACGAGCGGCGCCAAGGAGGACCACGUGUCCAUGGGCGGCUACGCCGCUCGCAAGGCUCUCACCGUCGUGGAGCACGUGGAGACGGUCGUCGCCAUUGAGAUUCUGGCCGCGUGCCAGGCGCUUGACCUGCUGCGCCCACUGCGCACCACCGAGGCGCUGGAGGCCGUCCACGCGCUGGUGCGCACCCGCGUGCCCAAGUUCGACAAGGACCGCGUCAUGAAGCCGGACAUCGACGCCGUGCUGGAGCUCGUCCGCAGCGGAGCGAUCUGCGACGCGGUCGCGCCGUUCCUGUCCAAGCUGCACGAGUCCGGGCUCUAA